UAGAGAAAAUAUGAUGCUUGAUGUCUUUACUUAUAAUUUGGAUAUUAUUUUGUCAAUAAUAGUUUUUGCUGUCAUUAAUCAAAUUGUGGCAAUGGAAGAAGCUACGUUGAUCAUUAGACCUUGUGGGCAUGAUUAUUGUCAAGAUUGUGCACUAGAUAAGAAGAACAGUAAUAAAAAAAUGUGCUCAUGUGGAUAUGGUAUCAAAAAAAUAGUGAUUGGUAUUGAUAAUAAAAAAAAAUUAGAGGAUUGUGCUAUUUGUUUAUCAAGAGAAUCGGAUGUCAUGUUUGAAAAUUGCAAGCAUUUUUUUUGCAAUUUUUGUACGAAUAGACUGAUAUACAAAAACGAUUUAAGUUGUCCAACUUGCAGAGGAGAAGUUAUGGAUUAUGUUGGUUUAGUUGAUUUAACACGUAAAGAAGCAUUAGUGCAAGAUAAUGGAGAUCCGCAAGAUAUUUGCCAGUCGUGCUAUGGAGAAAUAUGUGUUGUUAAAAUAAGACCUUGUCGUCAUCGUUUGUGUGAAAGUUGUUAUGAAACAAUACGCCAGUAUAAUUUUGAAUGUCCAAAAUGUUCCCAUUCUAUAACUAGGUUUGAUCCUAUAGCUGAUUAUGAAGCAUGUAUAUUUUGCAAUUCAGAGCAUCAAUCAUGGCUUAUUAAACCUUGUCACCAUGAAAUUGGUAGUUCCUGCUUUACUCAAGUGAUGAAUAAAAAUCAACUUUGUCCGAAAUGUAAAAUUAAAAUUGAUAGUAGCUAUAAUAUAGAAUGUAUUUUUUGUCACGAAGAAAAAAUGUCAGUCAUUUUAUUUCCAUGUUGUCAUAAGAUUGGUCAUGAAUGUAAAAAUCGAAUCCCUAGUCAUUCUUUUAACUGUCCAAUAUGCCAAAAUAAAAUAGAAAAACUUGUAGAUAUAGAAAGUUUUGAAAACUGUAUUUUGUGUUUCGACGAAAAGCCAAGUGUAACUCUUGAUCCAUGCACUCAUCAAUUUGGAAACUCCUGUUCUAUAAUUUUAAAACAAAAAAAAUUCAAUUGUCCAAUUUGCAGAAGACCUAUUGAUAAUUUUAUUGACUUAGAUGAAACACGAAAUGUUAUUCAUCCUCAAAGUUGUGAUGAUUAUGAAUUGAUGCAAAUGUUACUACCAAUUUUAUACAUGUAAUCUUUCAGCUGUAUUUUUAAUUUAAUUUUCUAUUUGUAUCAGUUUUUCUAUGAAUAUUUUAUCUAAAAAAAAAUGUUUUAACACCCUGAACCAUACAUCAUAGCUGGUCUCUAUACGGUCUUAUAGAUUUAGUAGUUUUCAUCAAUUUAAAUAAUAAUUAGAAAUUGAAAAGUGAAUUUUGUUUUGGUUAAUUUUAAGUUUAUUUAUUCUGUAUUUAUUAUCUGUAUUUAAGUUUAUAAUAAACAACAAAUAGAUUUGA